GUUCUGCUGGGAGGAAGCCAUGUAUCUGUUUAUUUACUUCUACCUCCUAAUGAGCUUUUUUGAAGAAGCACAUGGGUUUUGUCCUUCACAAUGCACUUGCGUUUACCAUGGCAGAAGUGAUGGCACUGGAACAAGGUCUGUGCUCUGUAAUGAUCCUGACAUGUACGAGAUCCCUGUGAAUGUUCCUGUGGAUACUGUAAAACUUCGUAUAGAGAAAACUGUCAUACGAAGGAUUCCAACUGAAGCCUUUUACUACCUAGUAGAUCUCAAAUACCUGUGGGUAACUUACAACUGUGUAGCCAACAUCGAUAUCAGCAGUUUCUAUAACUUGAAACAACUGCAUGAGCUACGGCUGGAUGGUAAUCUGCUCUCAACUUUCCCUUGGGAAUCGCUGGCAGAGAUGCCCAACCUACGGACUCUUGAUUUACACAACAACAAAGUGACCAGCAUUCCCACCGAUGCUGGCCGGUACCUGAGAAACCUCACCUACCUGGACAUAUCCAGCAACAAGCUAACCACAUUGCCAUCAGACUUGAUGGACAUUUGGCCCCCCUUCUCAGAAGCUGUCCUGUCUAAGAACAUGGACAUUCUGGUGACCCAGAGAGUUAUUUUGGGUUUGCAGGACAACCCAUGGUUUUGUGACUGUCGCAUUUCAAAGCUAAUUGAAUUUUCCAAAAUUGUGGACAACUCAGUUGUACUUCUUGAUCCAUUGGUUUCAUGUAGUGGACCUGAGAGCCUGGCAGGAAUCUUGUUCCAGAGAGCUGAGUUAGAGCAGUGUCUUAAACCAUCUGUGAUGACGUCGGCGACAAAGAUCACUUCCCCACUGGGAAGCAACGUUCUGCUACGCUGUGAUGCGACUGGGUACCCAACACCACAGCUUACUUGGACUAGGUCAGACAAUAUACCAGUGAACUAUACAGUAAUUCAAGAAACACCUGGAGAGGGUGUCAGAUGGUCCAUAAUAAGCUUGACAGGGAUUUCAUACAAGGACGCAGGAGAAUACAGAUGUAAAGCCAAGAACUUAGCCGGAAUGUCAGAAGCUGCUGUUACUGUCACAGUAGUUGGUGUAGUUACUACAACUGUGUCACCACAGAAGUAUGGAAGGAAGGAAGAGGCAGAGAGACAGAAUACCACUCAGCAGAAAUCCAAACCAGAACCUGAGAGGACAACCACACCUCUUCCCACCACACCAACCACCAGAGCACUGGUUAGCACUGAAAGAUCAACAAGCAUCAGGUUUACUGACAAGAAGGAAUCCAGGCCCAUGUUCAAUGGAAAGAAAAAUUCAAAGGGAGUGGCAAAUGGAAACAAAAAGCAGACUGGGGAGAUAAACAAGAAAGGUGAGGAGACAAAGCAGACUGAGGAGAUAAGCAACCAAGGUGAGGAGGCUUCAUUGAAUACAGCAGGUUUGACUGAGGAAAAUGUUACUGUAAAGAACCUAAGAGUGAUCAGUGAAACUGAUGAAAGAGUGACCUUAACUUGGAAAACUGUCAAUGCCACAAGCAACUCUGCAGUGACUGUGUUAUACUCAAAGUAUGGUGAGAAAGAUAUGUUGCCCCUGAGCACUGAUUCUAGCAAAAACAAAGUCACAAUUGAUGGUUUGCAACCUAGUACUCAAUAUAUGGCAUGUGUCUCACCCAAAGGAGUGCCACCUACAAAAGAGCAGUGCGUUAUUUUCUCCACUGAUCGGUUAAAUGAUGAAAGCAGCUCUCAGUUUUCUAUUCUGAUAUUGGCCAGCAGUGCAGCAUGUGUGGUUGCUUUACCUUUGAUAUUUUUCUUACUCUACAAAGUUUUAAAACUUCGUGUGAAACCAAAAACUGCAAAGGAAGCUGACCUUGCGAAAGAGACCUAUGUGAAAUUUGAAACGCUAUCUCUGAAGCCUCGAACAGUGAAUGCAGGAGAGCAGCUCUGGGCACGAAGGUACACAGAUGAGUCGGAAAGACUUCUCCUUUGUUCUAGGUCAAGCAUGGAUUCUCAAAUGACCUUCAAAAGUGAGGGCUCUAGAUCUGAGUAUCUGUGUUGAACAUGGGUGAGGGUGGAGGAGAUGGAAUAUACACUAGGUAAAAUGAAUCCAAAAUUAUAAUACUGCAUCUGGAAGCAGGUUGGUGCCAGGUGGUGGUCAGAAUAUAUUAACUGAUGUAAUGUACUGGAUGGGUAGGGUGGUGGGUAGGAAAGAGAAGAAAAAUGUUGCCUGUUUAUUUUCUUUUUUUAUGUUUGUGACUUUGGAUGUGAAGGAAUGAUAUUCUUCAAAAGAUGAAUACAGCAUGAAAUGGUUGCCUGGUUAAAGAUCUUCUAUUUUUUCGUUUUCAUUAAAACAUCAUUGUGUUUUCUCUUCUCUCGUUUUACUGUAUGAUGUGCUAGUUGCAUGUAUCAAACAUUAAUCACAACCUUCAUAAAAAAUAUGUACUUAAACAUAAUAGGAAAACAGUUUAAACUACUUGAUUGAGGUCAAAACUCUAUUUGAAAAUACAAGUUUUCUUCUGACACCAGCUUGUGCUUUGAGACGUCGUACAGCUCUGUACAGUAUCUUGGACUGGAAGUGAUCUCAGGCCAAUCAAGAUUGAAGCUAGGUAGCCACAGCUUAUGGACUCUGGAGAGGUACAAUACACAUCAUAUGGUCAUUUUGCAGAUGCUACAGCAAAGGAGCUUCUUUAGUGUUCUGAAGCUCAGGUAGGAUAUCAUUAUGAAUAACUCUGUGAGAGAUACUAGAUAUUAAUAAUGUUGAUAUGCAUCAAAUGAUCUUAUUGCAAAAUCUCAGCCUUAGAAUUUACUGGGAUGCAUAUGUCUAUAUACCUCAAUUUCAGAAGUCUCUGUACAGAAAAUGUUGUGGUACUGUGUAAUGCAACACACACUCUUAUAUACCUACAUAUUACAUAGAUAUUGCACAAUAUUAUGUAUUACACUGUAGUAAUAUACAUUUUGAGAUACAGUAAGAGGAGGUCUUGUUCUCAGGUCAUGUUGGAUGUGUAAUGAAGUUCAGUGAGCAUAGUGAAAGUUAAUUGUGAGCAUGCUUCCCAGUUUUUAAAAAAUCAGGUAUUAAUAUUAAUAGUAAUGAUGAAUGCAGAAUUGCCUAUUAAUGAUAAUAAUGAAUUGUCUGUUCUGAGGCUGCUUUUUUAUUGUCUGAAGUAAGUAACAAAGCUUUUAUUAGUUUAGGUUCAGAUAUUAUGGUUAGGAGUAUGUGUGAAUUGAGAACCAAUUUUUCCUAAAAAUUACAACUGCAUUGUUUUCUUGGACCUUUCUAUGCCUAGGAGAACUGUUUGU